CCUGCACGAUACUCGUAAUAGACGUAUUAAAUAAUUAUUCGUGUAUCACUAUCAUCUGAAGAAGGAGUUUAUAUAUAUAACUCCGGACCGCCGCGCAUGGAAACUUUCGUGUAUAUUUUAUAAUGUCAAGUGUAAUUGUUUUAACUGUUUUAUUUUCAUUAGUAUCGUAUUUGUGCUACUGGUUAAGGGUCUGGAGCUGGAGCCGUGUGAGUUUUUCAGAAAUGAAUUUUUUCAAAGCUGGAAAAUGCGAGAGCAACGCGAGAUUGGAUAAUAAAACAACCAUUGUGACCGGAGCAAAUACUGGAAUUGGUCAAAUCACUGCUAAAGACUUUUAUGUUCGAGGUGCAAGAGUGAUAAUAGCCUGCCGUGAUUUAGAUAAAGCAGCCAAAGCUGUAGAUGAGAUCAAACAGUCUGUCAGCUCGGUGGAUAAAAAACUUUUAGGAGAAUUGAUUAUCAAACAGUUAGAUUUGUCCUCUUUAUCGUCAGUUAAACGAUGUGCCAAAGACAUACUUCAGUCCGAACAACGUAUAGAUAUUUUAGUUAACAAUGCAGGUGUUAUGAUGUGCCCGAAAAAUAAAACUGAAGAUGGUAUCGAAUUACAAUUUGGAACUAAUCAUCUUGGACAUUUUUUAUUCACAUGUUUAUUACUUCCUCGUAUCAGACAUUCUACCCCGGCAAGAAUAGUGAUCGUUUCAUCUUUAGCUCAUAAAACGGGAGGAAAAAUCCAUUUCGAUGAUAUCAAUUUAGAACGUGGUUACACGCCCAUUAUAGCCUACGCCCAAAGCAAAUUAGCCAACAUUUUAUUCGGCAAAGAACUCGCCGAAAGAUUAAAAGGCAAAGGAGUGAAUACGUAUUCUUUGCAUCCUGGAGUCGUUCGUACCGAAUUAACACGUCAUUUGAAUACUGCUUUUAUUCCUGGUGCUCGUCCUAUUGUUCGAAUGUUUUUACGUACAUUUGAUAAAACUCCAGAAGAAGGCGCACAAACAACUAUUUAUUGCGCGGUUGACGAAAAGGUGAAAGAUGAGACCGGAUGUUAUUAUAGUGAUUGCAAAAAAGUGACUCCUUCUGCCAGAGCGAGAAAAUCCGAAGAUGCGAAAAAAUUGUGGGAUUUAAGCGUACAAAUGGUAGGACUAGGAGAUUGGGACCCAUUUACUGCUCCUAAUGAUACUCUACCACCAAUAUUACAAAGUAUCUAAUUUUUUACUUAAUGAUGGAGUCGUCUUUCAGUUAUUAUGUAAGGUGGGCCAGGGGUAUAGUUAAUUUUAUAAAUUCGACAACGAAUAAUUAUUAAGACAAAUUUUUCCACUCGAAUUAUACCUACGUAAAAUCUUAAAGUAAUCAUUAGUGAGUCCUAAAUGAUAGAAACUUGCGUACAUACGAUGUACAUCUACCUAUCUAUUUAUGUAUCUACCUAGACCAUACCUACCUUAAUUGUUUGUUUGCUCUCUUCUGUUUCUGUACAUGAUUAUGUUUUUUAUUUAUUUUAUUUGUAUGUUUGUUUAUUUAUUUAUGAAUGAAUGAAAUUUUUUUAUAUUGUUUUUAUGAAAUAAUAAAACUUGUUCGCAAUA